AUGGAGGUGGCAUCACAGCUGAGUCUAUAUUGGUGGUGGUGAGCUCAGCCAAGUGAGUUGUAGCCCUUCUGUGAUAACUGUGGUAGAAAGCAAAGAUUCCCUGAUCACACCAAGAGAAGAGCAGGAGGCAUGGGAGACAAUAAACCUGGAGGAAUAGUAGCAGCUGCAAAGAACCGUCUGCAGGUGGUGAAAGGUUUGGAGGAUGUGGAGGUGUCUGAGUGUGAGAGCUGCUCCCUUGAGGUGACCCUCAACUUGGCCUACAUCGAGGGUGUGUGGAGCAGGGAUGGGAUGCAGCUCAAGUCUAAGCCCAACUGUCGCAUCAGCACGCAUGGGAAGAAACACUCCCUCAUACUGAAGAGGGUGGCUUUGGGAGACGCCGGCUUGUUCUCUUUUCAGGCCAGCGGCAUUCAGACCUCAGGCAGACUCAGUGUUAGAGGUAAGGUGGUUCAAUAG